AUGAGUGAGCCCCUCAACUUCUUCUGCCAGACUCCCAAAAAUGAGUUUACCCCUGAAGACCUUGGAAUGGUAAACGCAUUUUUUGAAUCUUCCAAGUUCAAAGAGCAGGGCCUUCACCAGCAAUAUAUAGAACGGUGUCGUCCAAGAAGCCAUUCCCUAUCGGCCCGCACAACUGCGUUAAGAGCUCUUUUAGAGCCGCAGCAAGCUCAGCCCCCAAGCGACGUGGCGCAUAAUAUACCCUUUAGCUCUGACGGACUUAACCAGCCAGCACUAAUUGCUCCAAGCGCAUUGACAACCCUUCCUCGAAAGCGAACAAUAAAGCGUAGGCGCCGUAGCUUGCGGCUUACUAUUGAGAGCAUGAAGCGUAGCUUGCUAAAGCAGAACCUCGCCAAGCAGACACACAGGCAGAGCUUUCAUUCGGCAGAGACCAUAAUGGUGAGCGCCCUUGGUCCGUCCCCGCAAACCCUCGUGCGUGCUGAUGAUGAAGCCCCCGGCGUGUAUGUAUUACCAGAGGGAGCACAAACAGAGGAGUAUAAGGUAUGGUGCAAGGCAGAGGAAGACCUAGUAAAGCUAAUGGAAGCAGACAAGGGGUUCAGUCGUCACUUUAUUAGGCAGACCAUGCUAGUAUUAGUGAGGUUUCCAAUUCUGUUAUCUCCACGCAUCAAGGCCAAACUGCAGGCCACCGGGGGCAUCUUGGUCUUCAGUGAAAGCAAUGCGGCGGUGUUCUGCACUAUUUUCGAUACACCGUUGAAGUUUCGAAAAUUCACUAUCACCCUUUCCAAGCUGUGCAGUGCUGAGUAUCACCAGUUCACAACGAUAUUUGCUGGAAAUCAGUAUCUAUUUUCCGCCUCCUCUAAUACCCGGCUGAACUUUGUUGCACUCCAACGGAAGAGGUUAGAGGAACGGACAGUCUAUACCAUCUUACACUUAGACCCAAGCCUUAAUGCCAACAAAAUUGUUGCAGCCAGCAUUGAAAAAGCUAUUACACUUGCGCUUGAUGAGCGCUAG